UCGAUAUCAAUAGAUUUUUGCUUUCAAGAGAAUAGCGUCAACAGUCAAAUGGACGAUGUGAUCAGCUAGCACUCGAAAUCAACGCGUCCAGUUCAGAAGAGAUUGACGAUGUCUGGCAUAGAUGACAGUCGCAUAUGUAUACAUAUUUCGACGUAAUAGCAAAGACUGAACAAAGUAUUAGUUUGCCCGCUAAAAAGGUUGCUGCUACUAGGACAAACAGGCGAACUAAACAAUAAUAGCCCCAAAAUGGAGAUACCCAUUUCCAAUGUACUGUUGCUCUGUUUGAUAUUCCUGCUUAUUGGCGGGGUAAUUAUGAUAUUGCUUCAGUAUUUGCUGUUUGUUAAGUUCUCAAAUCUGCCUGGCGAGAGCGACGAACAGAAACAGAUGAAUGCUAAAUACACUCUACCCCUGAACAUUAAACAAACGGCCCGAAGUCUGAAUACGACACAGACUGAUGGUAGCAACUACGAGAUACUUCAGAACAAUGUUAAAGGCUCAUCGACCGUGGUUUCAUUGAAUUUCGUCAUGCAGUUCCUUUUCCAUGAGUUCAAAAAUUCGAAUCGUGUACGCAAAUGGUUCUAUCGGAAGCUUUCCAUUGAGCUGGACGAGCUGAUUACAAAGACAACCACCGGCAAGCUGCUGGACAAGCUAACGAUCCGAGAACUUGAGCUGGGCGAUCAGUUUCCAGACAUUAGAUCGCUUUCAGUGCAUAAUGUGCAACUCGACGAUGCCGAGCAGCGUAUUGAGAAUCUCGAUCUACUAUUGGAUAUUAACUACAUUGGCAAUUUCUCUACAUCAAUUGAUGCGGACAUGGUACUGGGGAAGAAGGGCUCCAUAAUGUUGAAAGUAACACAAUUAUCGGGCACGGCACGACUGCAGUUCACACGAAAGCCCUACACCCACUGGUCACUUAGCUUUUUGGGCGAUCCGGAACUCAACUUGGUUAUCGAAUCCAAAUACCAAGGUCGUCAAAUGCAGUCGAACAUCACGAAUCUAAUAUCGAAUCAAAUACGCAAGGCGGUGCGUCGCAAACAUACCUUGCCCAACUAUAAGCUGCGGUACAAACCCUUCUUCCACUGGGCGGCAGAUGAUGAGCUCAGUGAAUGCGACAUCCAGCCCAAUGGUGGUCUGACCGUGCGUGUCGCCGAGCUGUCCCGAUUGAUGGCUUUUCCGGGCACUAGUGAAGUGUAUUGUACAAUUACGCUGGCGCCGGUGCCGUUCAUUGAGGCGCAUCAGAAGGAUAAUCGUCAUGUGCUGAUCUCAUUGGAUGUCAUUAUACACAAGGCCAAGAAUCAACAGAUUGGCAUUGUGUUCAAGCAGAGUAGCAGUCAGGUGGUCAAGAUCGAGUCGGUGUUGUCAAACACGCCAGCCUGCAAAUCGAACCUGAUGGCCGGUGAUACUCUGGUCGCCAUUGAGGGUAAGCCGGUAACGACUAUCCAACAGAUUGCCAAGGUUGUGAAAAAUCUGCAGUCUACCGUCUGCUGUUUGCGCAUUGAGCGCAUUAUACCCGGCAUCAUACGCAACGAUGCCAUACUGGAGGAUCUGGAGAAAUAUGAUGAUCUAUGCGACAUUCCCACAGCUCAGAAGUCCGAUGCUGAUGAUUCCGAUAUAUUGAUGAACAAGCAUUUGAUUGUCAAGGCUUCGCACUGUCGCAAUUCGAGCGAGGGCAGCCAGAGCACUACUCCAACAAAUUCGCCCAAAAAAGCAAAUAUUAUUGCCAAGGCCAUCAAGAAGACGAUGAGCCGUGAAAGUGGCGACAAUCAGAAGGACAAAGACAAGGACAAAGAUAAAGACAAAGACAAAGACAGGGACAAAGAUAAAGAUAAAGAGAAAAGCAAACUGGAUGAUACACCUUCGAAAAUGACCUGUUCGAACGUUGACGAGAACGAGAAGCCACUGGAUGAAGUCAAUUAUUUCUAUCAGCACUCGACCAUCGAUUGUUCCUUCAGCCCACUCAUACACAUGGACGAUCUGUCCAGUUUCCAGCUGGAUGCGAACAGUCGCUAUCUGAACGUAUGCGUAUUUGGCAAGUGCUCUGGUGAAAGCAUACUGCUUGGCUACUAUAAUUUACAAAUCAGUCAGAUAUUGGUCGAGUGCAGCGAGACGAGCCUGAGCCAAUGCCUCCGACAGAUAGCCCUGAAUCCGGCAACACUAUUGCCAGUAAAAGCGCAUCCGUUGUCCAAUCAGUCUGGAUUCAAUCCCAUGAAGUGUUUUGGUGAUAUUUUAUUUGGUUUCUCAUGGAAUGGCAAUCCAAAUGUUACCGCAAGGGAGAGCACAGCAAGAGGUACACCCAAAUCCCAGUCUCCAGCCAGAAGUCAAUCAGCUGCGGCAAGUGAUAAAAUUCAGGAGGAGAAUAGCGCAGACACGAUGUCAAUGAAAUCUUCAAGCAUCUCGGGUGAUAGUUUAAUAGCCAGUGCAAGUGCGACGUCUACAUCGAAACCCCAUAACUUUAUACGUACCCAUUUCCAUCGGGCCACCCAAUGCGAUUUCUGUGGCAAGAAAAUCUGGCUAAAGGAUGCCAUGCAGUGCAAGGAGUGCACAAUGUGCUGUCAUAAGAAGUGCAUUGCCAAGUGUCAGAAUGCCACCGUAUGUGGUCCAGUGGAUUGCUACGCAUCCAUGCCAGCGACGUCGACAUUGCCAGCAUCCCAAUCAGCAAUGGUCAACAAGCCAGAGUUUACAAUCACCCAGGCUGAGUAUAUAGAUAUCUUGGAGCCGAAGGCCUCAAGCUCAAUGCCAGCUGAGGACAGUGGCGUUGAGGCACAGACACAGACACAGACACAGGCUCAGCAUGGAAAUCUGGAUGUGCACAGAUCGAGUCUGACGGGUAUGCUGGCGCAGGGCAUUAAGCGGCAAGCCAGCAAUCUGGAUAUACCCGGCAUAGUCUCCUCACUCUCCGGCAAUAGUUCACAGAUGAACUCGAAAAGCCUACCGCCGAGUCCCCAGCAUACACCAUCACGAACGGCAUCGAUAUCGGAAGAGGCAUGUAGGCAUUCACAUAAUCAGUCACAAUCAAAUCCCUUUGAGAAGGUCACACAGCAUUUAGAGGCUCUGCCCUUGGAGUGUACAGCAUUAAAUUUCGAGCAGGUUAUUCUGAUCACCGAGCCAAUCGUCAGUCACUCCCGAAACGAUGACCUAAUGAACCUGGCCAAGACCUACAGCAAGCAACUCUAUGCGGAAUUUUCCCCCAACGAGCGAGUGGCCAAAAUAAAUGAACUGCUAACAAAACUGAAGGUUGCAUUAGAUGCGGAAACAGAGGGCUACACGAUGCUAAAUUAUACUGAAAAGGCGACCACCCAUCGGAUGGAAUCAGAGUCGCCAUGGAAAUCGGUGGUCAGCACGGAAAACAAGUCCGAGGAGCGAGUCCAAGCUCUGAGCAUCAUCAUGCUGUAUUUGUGCACAGGACUGCAGCAUGCACAGGGCAGUGUUAUGCCUUAGAGAGGAGGGUUUGGCUGAAUGGGUGUAUGGGUGUAUUAAGGUACUAUGAAUAUACUAUGUAGUUAUGUAUUUGACUGUAAAUGUGUUAGUGACCUACUAUGAGCAUUUUAAAAUUGUGUUAUGGCAUUGGUUUAUUAUUUGGCCAUUUGUUCCGAUAAUAAGAUAUAUAUAUAUAUACAUAUUUACAUAAACAUAUGUUACAAAACAACAAAAAACAAAUUGUCAAAUUAAAACUAUUUCUAUAUAUAGGUGUGUGCAUAGGAUAUCAUUGAAAUAUGCAUACAUAUUCAUUUUAGACUCUGAUUCAAAUAGUUUACUAAGGAUUAACAAAUUUUAUGCAAACAAAUAAAAAUUCGAUUACAUACAUUGAGCUGAAAAGAGGGUUGUAUGUAAAGUUGGCA